CAUAGACAUAAAUAAGACGCUGCAAAAGUUAUCCCAAUUUGAUCCCUCUUGGAGGGAGGAAUUCGCAGCAUCCUCUCGUCCCAUAAAAUGAAAUAAAAAAAGUUAAAAACUUAAAACCACACUCAUCUGAAUCUGGUUCCCAACAAAAGUAAAUAAAUUCACAGAAAUAACGAACACGCUCAAAACCUCAACCACUUGUUUAUCUUCUUUCCCCAUUCCUCUCUUUUCUAUUUAUUAGAUUAGGGUUUAACUCUCUUUCCCUCAGCCAAAUCCAUUUUACAAUUUUACCCCUUCCCAUGGCCGCCGAAGUCAUCAACGUGCCGCCCGAAUCUCUCGACCAGUCUCCCUCCGCCUCCGCCGCUCCUCCUCCCGACGCUGCUCCGCCCGACGACGAUCUCCCUGCGCCGCCGCUUCCGCCUCCGCCGCGCCGCCGGGACCGCCGGGACGACCGCGACCUCGACCGCCACCCGAAUCGCGGCCGCGGGAGCGAUUACUACGACCGCGAGAGGGACUUCAAGCGCCGCCGCAGCCCUAGCCCGGGCUACCGCGACCGCCGCUACUCUCCGCCGCCUCCGUCGCGCCGUUCGCCUCCGCCGUACAAACGAUCUCGGAGGGGCAGUCCUCGCGGCUACGGACCCGAUGACAGAUUUGGCUAUGAUUAUUUUGGUGGUUAUGAACGGGGUGUGGGUGGAAGGACUGGUUAUGCAGAUGAGAAGUCUUAUGGCAGGCUUGCACAUAGAUCUGCUGGGGGAUAUCAUAAUGGAAUUUCUGAUGUGGAUAUAAGUCGCGGUUAUGCAGAUUUACCAAGUGGAGGUGGACAAAGAGAAGGGUUGAUGUCUUAUAAACAAUUCAUUCAGGAGCUUGAAGAUGAUGUACUGCCAGCUGAAGCUGAGCGUAGGUAUCAAGAGUACAAAUCAGAGUACAUUUCUACUCAAAAACGUGCUUAUUUUAAUGCUCAUAAGGAUGAGGAGUGGUUAAAAGAUAAAUAUCAUCCAACAAAUUUACUUGCAGUAAUUGAAAGGAGGAAUGAAAAUGCUCGACGGCUUGCAAAGGAUUUUUUGCUUGAUUUGCAAAGUGGAACACUAGACCUAAAUCCUGGUAUGAACUCUUCAUCCAGUAAAUCAGGGCAAGUCAGUGAGCCUAAUUCAGAGGAAGAAACAGAUGCUGGCACUAAACGAAGAAGACAUGGUAGGGGACCUAAUAAAGAUAAUGAUUUCUCAGCUGCACCGAAGGCUCACCCUAUCAGUUCUGAACCUAGACGCAUACAAGCAGACAUUCAACAGGCUCAGGCUGUUGUUCAAAAGCUUGACAUGGAAAAGGGUAUUGAAGAUAAUUUUUUAUGCACCAGUGACCACAAUAAAAAUGAUGAUAAGGCUCACAGUGGAUCUGUGGGCCCCAUAAUAAUUGUCCGGGGUUUAACAUCUGUUAAGGGCUUAGAGGGUCUUGAGCUACUAGACACUCUUAUUACAUAUCUUUGGAGGAUUCAUGGUGUUGAUUAUUAUGGAAUGAUCGAGACUAAUGAGGCCAAGGGUUUUAGGCAUGUGAGGCCAGAAGGAGCAGGGCAUGAAGAAAUAAACAAAUCCGGGUCUGAAUGGGAGAAGAAACUGGAUUCAUUUUGGCAGGCAAGGUUGAAUGGUCAGGAUCCAUUGGAAGUGAUGGCUGCCAAGGAGAAGAUAGAUGCUGCAGCAGCUGAUGUGUUGGAUCCAUAUGUAAGAAAAAUUAGGGAUGAAAAAUAUGGCUGGAAGUAUGGUUGUGGAGCUAAGGGCUGCACAAAGCUUUUUCAUGCAGCUGAAUUUGUAUACAAACAUUUGAAGCUAAAACACCCAGAGCUUGUGAUGGAACUAACAUCAAAAUUGCGUGAGGAUCUUUAUUUUCAAAACUACAUGAAUGAUACUAAUGCUCCCGGUGGAACACCUGUCAUGCAGCAAUCUCAGAAGGAUAAGCCUCUAAAGCGAAGGUUAGGUUUGGGUUUGGAAGGUCGAUUGAAAGAUGAUCGGGGUAACCGACGAGACCAGGACAGGAGUGACAGAUUGAAUGGAGACAAUUCUCCAUCCCAUGAUGAAGCAAUGUAUGAUGCAUAUGGAGGGCCUGGUGUACCUCCAUUUACCUCAGAUAUGCCCCCUCCCCCACCAGUUUUGAUGCCGGUACCUGGCGCAGGGCCUUUGGGACCCUUUGUCCCUGCACCACCAGAAGUUGCAAUGCAGAUGCUAAGGGAACAAGGAGGACCUUCGUCGUAUGAUGGCUCAGCAAGGAAGAUGCGAUCUGGUCCUCAUAUGGGUGGACCAGCUCCUAUAAUUGCUGUUCCUCCAACCUUUAGACCUGAUCCUCGACGGAUGCGAAGUUAUCAAGACCUGGAUGCCCCAGAAGACGAAGUCACUGUGAUAGACUAUCGGAGCUUGUAGGUCUCAUUGGGUUGGAUGAAUUCAAUGCCUAUUUAUGCUUUCUUGGUGAGAGCUGUAGUCUUCAAAUAAUGGGAUUAGAGUUAGUCUUCUCAUUUGUUUUGUGAAUUUGCUUGAGAAUCGUAUUUUCAUGUGUGGUGAAAGGGAUGUGUCUUUGAUGUUGUACUAGUGAUAAGAUUUGUAGAUUUCAAGUACAAAAUGUCAUGAUAUAAGGAUAAUUUAAAAAUAAUGAUAGCUGAUUUAUUAGUUACUGGAUAA